CAGCUCACCGCCUGUUUCCGAACUCUGCCGGACUUUCCUCCUGCCGGUCGCUCGUCCCCGCCAUCAUGGGCUCGGUUCUGCCCGGACCGUCUCUGGGCCUGAAGGCCGCCGUGAAGCCGCAGCAGCAGCUGAGCCUGUCGGACAUCAUCACCUCCGACAUCCUGCACAGCUUCCUGUACGGCCGCUGGCGGCACGUGCUCGGCGAGCAGCAGCACCAGCAGCACGCGCACCUGCAGCAUCACCUGCAGCACGAGGACCGGACGGCUCCGAGCGCGAGCCCCAAGACCGCGUUCACCGCCGAGGUGCUCGCGCAGUCCUUCUCCGGAGAGGUCCAGAAGCUGUCCAGCCUGGUUCUGCCCAGCGAGGUGAUCAUCGCGCAGAGCUCCGUCCCAGGGGAAGGUUUGGGGAUCUUCUCCAAGACGUGGAUCAAAGCCGGAACAGAAAUGGGUCCGUUCACGGGACGCCUCAUCUCCCCGGAACACAUCGACCUGUACAAGAACAACAACCUGAUGUGGGAGGUGUUCAACGAGGACGGCUCCGUCAGGUAUUUCAUUGACGCCAGUCAGGAGGACCAGAGGAGCUGGAUGACCUACAUCAAGUGUGCGAGGAACGAGCAGGAGCAGAACCUGGAGGUGGUCCAAAUCGGCAGCAGCAUCUUCUACAAGGCGGUGGAGAUUCAGAUCAAUUCACGGUUCUUCUUCUUUUUCUCCUCCACAGAUGAGUUCCACACCUGUGAGGGCUCCUCCUCUUCCUCCUCCUCCUCCUCCUCGUCCUCCUCUUCCUCCUCCUCCAGUCUCGGCCGGAUGCGAUGCGUCAUCUGUCACCGCGGCUUCAACUCUCGCAGCAACCUGCGCUCACACAUGCGCAUCCACACGCUGGACAAGCCCUUCGUCUGCCGCUUCUGCAACCGCCGCUUCAGCCAGUCGUCCACGCUGAGGAACCACGUCCGGCUGCACACCGGCGAGCGCCCCUACAAGUGCCACGUCUGCCAGUCGGCCUACUCGCAGCUGGCCGGGCUGCGGGCGCACCAGAAGAGCGCCCGGCACCGGCCCAGCGUGGAGGCCGGCGCCGCGGGGGGCGGCGUGGUGGUGGUGGGGGGCGGCGUCCACUCGCCUCCCCCGUCUCACCCGCCUCAGCUGACCGCCGUGCCUCACCCGGCCUCCCUGGUGCACCACAUCCCCACCAUGGUGCUGUGA